CCGCGCCGCACCCCUGCCCAGCCGGCACCAGGGAGUGACAGACCACCAUGCACGCGGAGGUGGUCUUCCUCCUCACGGCCUUUGCCGUGUCCUUCCUCAGCCCAAUUCCCUUCCUCCUGCGAACCAAACAUGAGCCGGUCCGCUCGCGCGGGGCCUUCAUCACCCUGCUGUCCACCGUCGGCGGGUCGGUGCAUGUCCUGGCCAUGGCCAUCUCUCGCAUGGAGGUCAACUGCAUCUUUUCCGUCACCUCGGCCAUUGCCUUCCCAAUUCUGUGGACCUGGCCCCAAGUCCUUCGUGGAUUCAAUGUCCAUCUCCAGAACCAGUACCACCGGCUGCUGCUGAUGGAGGCCAAUGAAGAGCGCGACCGCAUCAAGAUCCAGCGCCAAUUCCGCCGGAACCAGUUCCUCCGUAGGUGGUACACCCCGAUGGUCAAUCUGACGGUCUACUGCAUGAUCAUCGCCGUGCUGGUCGUCGCCGGGCUGACGUACCUCGGGACCAAGAUCGACUGGCGCUUCGCCGACCACAUCGGUGGCACCGACCACGACUGCCUGGCCCAGACAUUCAUCUUCUCGGCCCUGGCCCUGGCCAUCGUCGUGGCGGCCGUCGUUGCCCUUGUGUACCUCCUGCGCAAUACGCCCGAUACGUACAUGCAGCGCUUCGAACUUGGCGUUAUCCUGGGCCUCUCCUCGCUAUUCAUCAUUGCCUGGAUCGCCGCUCGCCUCGGGCAUUUCAUGUCACCGGUGAUCCUGGUUGCGGCCGCCAUCAGCGCAAACAACCUGAUUGUCUCCUUCUUCCCGGUGUUCCUGUCCUUCCGACCCUUCUACCGCCAUAUGACCCGCAUUAAUCUCACCCGCGAGGAGAUCGACCAGUUCAUCCAGUCGCGGCUUUCCAACAGCUCAGGCGGCAGUGAUGGCGAAAACCCGCUGUCCAGUGGCAGCUUCCGCGAUACCAUGUCCGACACCGGCGACACCGGCGACAUCACCUCCGCCACGGACCCCGGGGCGAUGGAGCUUCGCGAGCUGGGCGCCUCGGCCACCCCUGCCGAGGGCGGCUCGGCUAGCCCGCUGAAGCCCCGGCCGAAGUCCACCCGCCGUGGCAGCGGCCUGGAUGUGGCUCCCAAGGUGCCGAAGGCCCAGCUUCGACAGAUGCGCUACAGCUACCGCUUCCUGGUGGCCACCGCCUCCAAAACCCACCUGCAGGAUUUCCAGCACUUCUGCAUGCGGUCCUGGUGUGCGGAAAUCCUGUCCUUCGUCCGCCACAUGGAGAAGCUACAAGCCUUCUCGGCCCAAAUCCGCGACAAGAGUGACCGGCCGAAGUACCUCCGCGGCCUGGCGGCCCUGGACCCGGCUCGACGCUUUGCAGAAGUCACUGCCGUCGUGGACCUCUUCAUCCUGCCGGGAUCGCCGUAUGAGCUCAACCUCGAUGACAAGACACGCUUCACCAUCAUCGAGCGUGCCGGGUUCGGGAAUGUCGUGAGCAAGGGCGCCGAGGCCGGUGGGCUGUUUGGCAGUCGCACGGGCCGGCGCUCUUCCGGCGCCAGCAAGACCGACUCCAACACCUCCCUGGAUUCGGUGGGCUCCGGCAACACCUCCGGCGGGCAGUCGGCUUCGCCGAAUUUCUUCGACGAGCCGGCGGAGAUGCACCCGGUGGUGGCCAUCAGUGGGUCUCCUUCCACCAACCACAUGUCCCUGCCGCGUGGGACAACCAUGGGCACCGGUGUGGCCUCCACCAGCGGCGGCCACUCGACCUUGUCCCUUCCACGUGGGGCGACCAUGGCCACGGUGGCCGGGGCCCCGGCCGGUCGGCAAUCGCUUGUUGGCGGGAGCUCGCUGCUCGGGGGGCCCUCGCGCCGGCGCGGCACCCAGACCGAGGUGGUCGAUGUGCCGGCCGACAUCUUCGAUCAGGCAUAUGCUGAUGCCACCUUCCAGCUGAGCAAUCUGGUCCGGACUUGGGCCAUGACCACGACCGGCGUGCGCUUCUACCAGGAGGUCGACCAGCUGAACUUGCUGGAGGAAUAUGCACGGGUGUCCGCCGCGGCCGCCGUGUCGACGACUGCCCUGCGCCGGGCGUCCGGCGCGGCCAUCGGCUCGGUCACCAGCCUCGCCGCGUCGGAGGGCUUCGCCAACCCGAUGAUCCGGGGCGCGGCCCCGGCCUCCGAUGCCACCAAGGAGAAAGAGUCAUCUGCCACCGGCACGGAGGCUCGUCCCCCUCCUGCCGUGGCCGGCGACCCUGCGCACGAGGAGAAGGACGCCCCGCCAUCCGGGGACAGUGCUGACUCCCUCCAGGAGGCCUCCUCUUCCGCCUCCUCCUCCUCCUCGACCACCGAUGAUCUGGGCCAUGAUUCGACCUCCUCGCUGCCGUACACCCCGCCGCUCAAGUCGCACUCGAGCGACCGUCUGGUCCUGAGCAAGAAGCAGCAGCUCGGCAGCCGGAGCAGCACGCUCGGCACGGCGACCCCGACCAGCCCGAGCAUGGAGGCGCUCAAGGUGGCAGCUGGCAUGUAUACCAGCGAAGAUGAUGAUGAUGAUGAUGAUGAUGAUGAUGCCGACGAGGCGGAGGAGGAGCAGGGGCCGGGAGAGCUGAGCAGCCGCCAUGAUGAGAUCCUGACCGAUGGCGAGGGUCCCGGCUCUGGCGCGUCGCCCACCCUCCCGGAACUGAUCCUCCGCUCGCACUCGCGGACCGGGCCCUUGACGCCGACCGGCGCCGGGGGCGGGCUACCCAGCCCGCAGAGCUUCAUCCUCAAUCGCGGAGUUGGACUUUCCCCCCGGCCGUCACUAUCUGGCCCGAGUGGCCAUAGCCCCAGUCUGUCCACAGGGGGGGCCGGCGCCUCGCCAGAUCAGCAGGCUCAGACCCAAGUGCUUCCGGCCGGCCUGGCCGAGGUGGUUCUCCUGCCCUCGCCGUCGCGCAGCUCGUCGCUGCUCCGCCGGCGCACCGGCGGCGAGGCCGGCCUUUCGUCACCCCUGUCUGGACCGUCGGAGGAUGUGGAGCCGGGACGUGGGGAGCACCCAGUGACGGACCUGCAGCCGACCCUCCUGGAUGCCGAGUCUGAGCCCCUUUCCUUCGGCGAAGACGAUGAGGGCGACGUCAUGGUGGACAUCAGCGCCCUUCGUCAGGCGAUGUUGAUGCGGUCGGCCACCACGCCGGCCACUAUCGGGGUCUUUGCCACGGCCUCCUCGCAGCAUCUGCCCAUUCAUCAGAGCCACGAGUCUUCCGGCUCGGGGUCUUCCUCUUCAGUCUCCUCUUCGGUCUCCUCUUCCUCCGCCUCCGAGGAUGAUGAUUAG